GCCUCUGGAACUAGACCCAGCCCGGCAGUGCAACCCCGCCCCCCUGGAGUAGUGACCAGGAGUAAGAGCUGUGGGCGGCAGUUGGGGGCUCUCCUGACAGCCGGUCUCACACCUGCCCAGGCUGCCACCCACCCUCCCUGCGCCACUGCCCCGGUCCAGACCCCCAGUCCUUCAAACAUACACACAUACACCGGCGGGCAGGAGCUGUGCACACACCGAGAGCAGGAUGAACUCGCUGUUCAGGAAGAGAAACAAAGGCAAAUACAGCCCCACCGUGCAGACCAAGAGUAUCUCCAGUAAAGAGCUAUCAGAGUUGAUUGAGCAGCUUCAAAAAAAUGCCGAUCAGGUGGAGAGAAACAUCGUGGACACUGACUCCAGGAUGCAAAGUGACCUGGCAAAGAUCAAGGAGGGCCAGCCUGCUCAAUACCAAGAACACUCACUCCAGAAGAUUUCUGAAUCUGAAAAACUCCUCUACGUUUUGGAGGGAGAUGCAGCUAUUGCUAAGCACAUGAAACACCCCCAGGGAGAUAUGAUUGCAGAAGAUAUCCGGCAAUUGAAGGAACGAGUAGCAAACCUACGCACGAAGCACAAUCAGAUUUACACUUUGACUGUUAAAGAGGUGGAUCCAAAGGUCAACUGGUCAUCUGUGGUUGAUGAGAAACUGGACAUGCUUGGCAAUCAGAACUUUGGGACAGACCUGCCAUUAGUUGACCACCAAGUAGAGGAACACAAUAUCUUUCACAAUGAGGUCAAAGCUAUUGGACCCCAUAUUGCCAAGGAAGGAGAUAAGGAACAGAACAAUGACCUCCAGGCCAAGUAUCAGAAACUACUGGCAGGAUCCCAGGCAAGGCAGCAGCACCUGAGCUCACUUCAGGACUACAUGCAGCGCUGCACCAAUGAACUGUACUGGUUGGACCAGCAGGCCAAAGGUCGGAUGCAAUAUGACUGGAGCGACCGAAACCUAGACUACCCUAGCCGCCGACGCCAAUAUGAGAAUUUCAUCAACCGGAACCUGGAGGCCAAAGAGGAGAGAAUUAACAAGCUACACAGUGAAGGCGAUCAGCUGCUGGCUGCUGAACACCCAGGGAGGAAUUCGAUUGAGGCUCACAUGGAGGCAGUCCAUGCUGACUGGAAGGAAUAUCUGAACCUGCUCAUCUGUGAGGAGAGUCAUUUGAAAUACAUGGAGGAUUAUCACCAGUUUCACAAAGACGUCAAAGAUGCCCAGGAAUUGCUGAGGAAGGUAGACACAGACCUAAACCAGAAAUACAGUCCUGAAUUCAAGGACAGAUACCAAAUUGAAUCUUUACUACAGGAACUGGAUGAUCAGGAAAAAGCUCUGGACAAGUACGAUGAUGUGAUACGGUCUCUACAGAAACGUGGCCAGCAACUGGUACCCCUCAAGUACCGCCGUGAAACACCUCUCAAACCUAUCCCUGUGGAAGCACUCUGUGAUUUUGAAAGUGAACAGGGCCUGAUUUCUCGUGGACAUAGCUACACUCUACAGAAGAACAAUGGGGAGAGCUGGGAUAUUACAGAUAGCUCUGGGAACACACUCAGUGCCCCUGCUGUCUGUUUCAUGAUUCCUCCUACUGAUCCUGAGGCCCUUGCACUCAUUGACAGCCUAAGCAAUCAAUACCGCAGUGUGAAGCAGAAAGCAGCUGGGAGUAAGGCUGCUCUAAAGCAGCGGUAUGAGAUUCUCAAGACAGAGAACCCUGGAGACGCAUCUGAUCUCCAGGGACGGCAACUGCUUGCCAGCCUGGACAAGGUGAACAGUGACCUAGAAAGGCAGGAAAAAGCAAUCACUGCCAUCCUAAGGCCUCCCCUUGAACAGAGCCGGGCAGUGCAGGACAGUGCUGAACGGGCCAAGGACCUCAAGAAUAUCACCAAUGAACUUCGUCGAAUUGAACCAGAGAAGACACGGAGCACUGAUGAGUGUGAUGCCUUCAUUGGAGCACUUCCUGACAGUGGCAGCACUCUGUUGCUGAGGACCCGAGUAGAAGAUACCAACCGCAAAUACGACCGUCUUGUUCAAUUACUCAAUUCGGCUCAGGAAAAGGUAGAUGGAGCCAACCGCCUUGAAAACAGCCUUCAGCAAGGUAGAGAGCUGCUGGCCAAGUAUGAGAACCAGUUAUCCUUAGAUGAUACAGUCCCUGAGAAUGGACAGUCACUGGAUAACAAGAGGCAGGAGCUAGCAGCUAUUGCCUCCGAACUGCAAGCCAACAGAUCUCUCCUCAGUGAGGCUGAUCAGAACCUGCAAAGGACCAAGAAGUGUUCUAGUACUCUGGCCAGCCGGUUCCAGGAGCACUGCGCAGACAUCGAACGGCAGGAAGCAGAAGUCAACAAGCUCAAUCAACGGUUUGACAACCUCAUUAAGCAGAUCAACAACAGGUCCCAGAGUCUGCAGAAAGCUAAAAGUGCAUAUGCCGACUACCGCAGCGGCUAUGAUCAUGUGACCCAGUUUCUGUCCAAUAUUCCCAAUUACGAACCCCAAGAGACUGACAGCUUAAGUCAGAUUGAAACAAAGCUGAAGAAUCAAAAGAAUCUCCUAGAUGAAAUUGGAGGACGGGAACAAGAGGUGCAGAAAGUGUACGACCAUGCCCAGCAGUACCAGCAAGCUGUGAAGGAUUAUGAAUUAGAAGCCGAAAAACUAAGAUCCCUUCUUGACCUGGAAAAUGGAAGGAACGUCCACACAAACAAGAGGGCUAGACGCCAAUCACCUGCAGCCAAAGUAAAGGAAGAGGAAGCUUUUCUUGCUGCCAAAUUCACUGAAGUUAAUGCUAUCAACAGACAAAGAUUGCAGAAUUUGGAAUUUGCUCAGAAUCUUCUGAGACAGCAGCCAGAGAUAGAAGUGACACAUGAAUCCACUCAAGGCAAAGAACCAGUGACAGAAGAAACCUGGAGGAUUAAGAAAGCACUAGAUGAAGAGACUCAGCGUAGACAGCAGCUAGAGAAUGAAGUCAAAAGCACUCAGGAUGAAAUUGUCAUCCUGAAGAAUAAGAAGCCACAGGAAUCUGUGAUAAGAAAAGAAGUAUUAAAGAAGGUACCUGAUCCUGAAUUGGAAGAAAGCCUCCACAGGAUGCAGCAAACCUUAGGGGAGGAGCAGCGUAAAAACAAAGAGUUACAGGAUGAGCUAGAGGAUAUGAAGCUAAAGCUACGCUCACUGGAGCAUGAAACAAGGGAAGGGGGUCAAGAGUAUGUGGUCAAAGAAGUAUUGCGUAUUGAGCAAGAUAAAGCCCAAGCUGAUGAAGUCCUAAAAUUAAGAGAGGAGCUAGAAGAACUGAGAAGACAGAAAGGAACCCGAGAAACUGAGGUCAUUCUCUUACAGCAGCGAAUUGCUGCCCUGUCUGAGGAGAAGAACAAAGAGCAGGAGACAAUCACAGAGAAGGAAGUAGUGAAACUACAGAAUGACCCCCAACUAGAGACAGAAUAUAGGCUAUUACAGGAGCAGCAACAAAAAGAGAGUGCCCAAAGGGAAAAGCAAGAAGAAGAGCUCAGUUUCCUGCAAGACAAGCUCAAGAGACUAGAGAAAGAACGAGCUAUGGCUGAAGGAAAAAUUACAGUCAAGGAAGUAUUAAAAGUGGAAAAAGAUGCAGCAAUAGAAAGAGAAGUCAAUGACCUCAAACGUCAGUAUGAAGAUGAAGCAUCAAAAUCUCGCUCUAGUCAGAGAGAAAAGACUGAACUCCUCCGGAAGAUCUGGGCCCUAGAAGAGGAAAAUUCCAAAGUAGUUGUGCAAGAAAAAGUACGUGAGAUUGUCCGACCAGACCCCAAGGCUGAAAGCGAAGUAGCCAAUCUCCGUUUGGAACUUGUAGAACAGGAGAGAAAGUACCGAGGUGCAGAGGAGCAGCUAAAGAGCUACCAAAGUGAACUGGAGGCUCUUCGGAAGAGAGGCCCACAGAUAGAGGUAAAAGAAGUAACAAAAGAAGUAAUUAAGUAUAAGACUGACCCAGAGACCGAGAAGGAACUUCAACGACUCAGAGAAGAAAUUGUAGACAAAACCAGAUUGAUUGAAAGAUGCGAUUUAGAAAUCUACCAGCUGAAGCAAGAAAUCCAGUCCUUGAAAGAUACCAAACCCCAAGUGCAGACCAAAGAAGUAGUUCAAGAGAUACUCCAAUUCCGUGAAGACCCCAAAACCAAAGAAGAGGUAGAGUCCUUAAGACUGAAAUUAUCAGAAGAACAGAAAAAACAGGUAGAUUUAGACAGAGAAAGGUUAUCCCAAGAGGACAAAAUCAAACAAAAGGAAGUGGAACUGUCACGGGUGAAAGAAAAAGUAGUUGAGCAAGAAGUUGUAAAAUAUGAACAAGACCCUGCCAUGAGAGCUGAGGUAGAUUCCUUCACAGAAAGCAUUGACAAUGAACUGAGGCAGAUUGACAAUCUUCGAGGAGAACUUCGAAAAUUACAGCGGAGAAGGGCUGAGCUCGAGCAUCAGCUAGAAGAGCUGGAGAGAGAACGGCAAGCUCGAAGGGAGGCUGAGCUUGAGGUCCAGCGGCUAAAGCUUCGGCUAGCUGAUCUGGAGAAAGAAGAAGGGGAGACCAAAGAAAAGGUGACCCUAAAACAGAAAGUGGUUCUCCAGCAGGACCCCCAGCAGGCAAAGGAACACUCUCUUCUCAAACUCCAACUGGAAGAAGAAAAGCACCGUCGGCAAAUAUUGGAGAGUGAGCUUGAAGCCCUGAAAAAGAAACUCCUUACCCUUGAGAAGAUGGAAGUGAAAGAAAAAGUGGUCUUCUCAGAAAGUGUUCAAGUAGAAAAAGGUGACACAGAACAAGAAAUUCAGAAACUGAAGAACAGUUUGGAGGAAGAGAGUCAUAUCAAAAGGGAGCUAGAUGCAGAGGUGAACCGGCUAGAGGCCAAGUUAUCUGAACUGGAAUUCCAUAAUUCCAAGUCAUCCAAGGAAUUGGACUUUUUAAGGGAAGAAAACCACAAACUUCAUUUAGAAAAGCAGAAUCUACAAAUGGAGACCAGAAGGCUGCAAUCAGAAAUUGAAAUGACAACAACACAAACUCAAGAUUUAAGAAACAUGACUUCAGUGGACUGUGGGGCAAAUUUAGACUCUAGACUCUGGUCCCUGGAAAGAGAACUGGAUGAUCUCAAGAGGAUCUCCAGAGAUAAAGAUAAUGAGAUUGAUGAGUUGCAUAAGCGUCUAGGGUCAGUGGCAGUUAAGAGGGAGCAGAGAGAGAACCAUUUACGUCGCUCCAUUGUGGUUAUUGACCCUGAUACUGGUAGAGAGCUUUCCCCAGAGGAAGCCCACAGGGCUGGUCUCAUUGAUUGGAACAUGUUUGUGAAGCUCAGAAGCCAGGAGUGUGACUGGGAAGAGAUAUCAGUCAAAGGACCAAAUGGAGAAUCUUCUGUUAUACAUGACAGAAAGUCUGGAAAGAAGUUCUCUAUUGAAGAUGCCUUAAAGAAUGGAAGGCUAACCCCAGCUCAGUAUGAUCGAUAUGUUAACAAGGAUAUGUCCAUUCAGGAGCUAGCUGUUUUAGUGUCUGGGCAAAAGUAGACAUAAAGCUUCAGUCUUUUCAAGCUGAUAUCCUUCCUUCUGACCCUCAAAAGCAGGUGAUUGGUCUUGUCUCAUCAAAGAUGAUACUGCGUUUCUACCACUCUGCCUCUGACAUGCCCUCAGACCCAGUAUGUAUACAUGUCAACAUUUUAGUUAUACUCUUGCUUGGACAGUUGCUCAGGACAGAGCUAAUGUGACUACAAGUGGAAAGGGCAAUUGGGUAAGAACGAAUGAAACUUGUCCCCAACCAUUUAACCUACUGACUUACCUGGAAAUAUUCCCAGGGAAAUCCUACUUUUUGAUGAAAUGGUUUAAUUAGUAAAUAUGCACUUUUUUCCUCUAUUGCUAAACACUCUUCCUUUCAAUAUAUUCUUUUUGGUUUCCCUCUAUGACAUUCUCCCUUCUCCUUUCUUGGAAUAAAAGUAUUCCAAAACCGUGGAAGGUUGAUUUAAUUAAGCCUGGCAAGGCUUUUCUGGUCGAAAAUCUUCAGUUGUUAUUCUGCUGACAAGAAAUACUAGAUGUUUGCUAGAAAAGGCAAAAAGAAAAAAAAAAAACAACCAGCAGCAAACAGAAGAAACUUAAGUAGAAUUUGAUUCAACUGGUAUUUUUAUCCAUCUUAUGUCCUUGAAAAAUAUGCUAUGUAAGAGAGUGGUUUGUUACUGUAAAAUUAAAAUAUUUUAAUAGUAAAAGAUGUUACUAUAAACAUUGGCAGCAGUGCCUUAUGAAUCUUGCUUUACCUCAUAGCAUUUAGGUAAAAAACAUGUUGAUUAUUUACCAAAUGAAAAUCCAGUUAUGUAUAUCUCAUUUAUUCUGUAUGAAAAUGGGAAAUGAUAGGGAAUUUUAUUUAUAGUAUGGAAAUAAAAAUCUGGUGGCUUGAA